AUGACGGGGACACGGGCGCGUCUUCUCAGGGCAACGUCUCUCACCAUUUUACCUCCUCUUGCUGGACAUGCAGAAGCACAAGAACGAUUAAAACCAGGUGUGUCGAAAAAGCUACCGCCACCGCAGUCUUUGUUUUCUGGAGACCACAACAAAGUCUACAAUGUUCCCCAUAAACCUGGUCCACGCCGAACUCAAAGUGAAAGCAGACUAAUACAGCCCAAUGAUGAUCCAGGAGUCACAACCUCAAAGGGUGGACCGGAAUUUACAACAGAUUUGUGCGAUGGAAAGAAGAACACAAGCACAGAUGUAGAAUCUAAGUGGGAUAGGAUAGCGCCUCUUCUCCAGCAGAUAAAAGCUGCAGCUGCAUGUGGCUGCUCUGAGACCUCCCUGGAGCAUCUGUGCAACUUGUGCAUCAGUCUCCAUGACACCUUGGCAGAGGCCGGCAUGCUGGGCCAUUAUGGCUGCAAGAAGCGCUCCACUGUGUUGCGGACGCUGUUUGGGCUCAUUGACCUCAACUCUUCGCGGCUCGAUCUUCAUGUCGCCGAGCUCUGCCUCGCCUUGUGUGUCAGUGGGAACAAUCUGCUCAACAUCUGUAAGCUUGUCUUCCAAAUUAGUCGCAAUGAAGAAAAUGACGUUCUCUUCCAGGACAGUUCAGUCAUAGACCUGCUGCUCGGGAUGCUGCUUCGCGAGGAGGUGUCUGCUUCUGGAGAAGCGUUGUUUUACUGUGUCGGCACGCUUAAGUUUCUCUCAGGAAACGCUGCGAUUGUACGCCGAUUGUUGGACAAAAACUGUAUGAGAGUGGCACAGAAGUUCAUAAAAAAACUCUGCAGAGUUGAGGACGCUUACUUCAAAAUGGCCAGACACAUCUUUGUACAGCUGACUGCCACCAUGAGGAACCUUGCUGAUCACCCUGAGGCCCGCUCGCUCUUCGUCUCCUACUCGCUGAUGUCACAGCUUUGCUUGGUGCUGCAGCGCCAUAGCCAGGACCAAGAUGUCUGCACCAAUGUUUCUAGAAUCUUCAGUAAACUCUCCUCUUAUGCGGAGGGUCGCCUCUCACUGGCUGAGACCCCAGACUGUUACCAACUAUUUUUAGAACUCUUGAGCAAGCAUCACCAAAAACAGGACCUGGUCGUGCGACUGCUGUUCACGCUGGGCAAUCUCACCUCCAAGAGUGACGAGGCGCGGCAGAAGCUCUUCCGCUGCGAGGCGUGUGCGGACACCCUCUUGCGGCUGUACGACGACUACCAGCUGAGGGAGGACUCGCCGCAACCCACGGCUGCCAGCGCACGGGAUGGCGAGGAUGUGCUGGUGAAGCUUGUCCGGGUGCUGGCCAACAUGUGCAUCCAUCCUGAUGUGGGCGCCGCGCUGGCCAGCAACACAAACUGCAUCCAGCUGCUGAUGGAGACCCUAGAGCUGCGGUCCGUGCAGGAGAGCGAGGAGCUAAUUGUGAACGUGGCCGCAACCAUCAACAACCUGACCUGUUACCACAAGGACAGCUCGGUGCUCAAACGCAGUCAGCUGGCCAUUGCAGAGUUGAUGCUGAAGUUGAUGCUCAGCUCCAAUAUGGACGCCAUGCUGGAGGCCACCCGCGUCUAUGGGAACUUGUCACAGUCCAAAGACGUGCGGGACUUUAUAAUACAAAAUAAAGUACACAGGUUUGUUGUGACACUUCUGGACUCUAAGAGCCCUGACGUCUGCUUCUCGGCUUGUGGGGUCCUCACCAACUUGGCGCUGGAUCCUCCGAACCGAGCCAGUCUCUUGCUGGAGGGGGCUACAACAAAGCUGACCGACUGCCUGCGAGACUUCGGAGCAGGUGACUGGCAGCUGGCGGGCCAGGUGUGUCAGGCCUUGUGGAACUUAACGGGUGGCGGCUCGGACAAGCUGUUGCACGCGCAGGAGGGACAAUCGCUGCUGGAGAUCCUCAAGUCCUACUUAGAUGAAGACAAGGCCUUGAAGUGGACAGAAAACAAAGACGUGAGCGAUUACCACAGAGCGUCCUGGGAGUUGGAGUUCCGACCCGCAGCUCAAAAACUACUAACAGAGAUUGUGACAUAAAAAAACACGGGCAACGUACCCUCAGGUAAACAUGAUACAUGAUAUGUUGUUAUCCAACUACCAGCUUGUACCGUACUACGGCGUACGUGAAUGUUCUGAUGUGUUUGUUGUGUUCUUAUCUUAAGUCCUGUAGCCUCAUGUGAAUCCUCUAUAAAGCACUUUAAAGUCAA